AUGCCGCUCCGGAGCCGUGCUCAGGAAUCUGCACAAACGCGCACGAUCCGGCCAUCAUUCGUCGCCCUGAUGGCACGUAUUUCCGUUUCUCGACGGGUAACAAAAUCUCCGCUAGAUAUUGCCGGUCCUUGGGAGUACAAAGGAUCUGCAAUCCCUGACGGGUCGAUCAUCGACCUCAAGGGCAAAGACGAUUUGUGGGCUCCGGACGUGCAUCAGCUCGGAGACUGGUACUAUCUCCACUAUGCUGUUAGCAGCUUCGGCUCCCAGCACUCCGCUAUUGGUGUGGCUCGGUCCAAAUCGAUGGACGUUGGGACCUGGAAGGAUGGCGGUACUGUCGUCACGAGUGACCCGAGCAAACCGCUCAACGCUAUCGACCCGAAUCUCAUCCGCGUCAACGGUGAAUUCUACCUUAACUUUGGUAGUUCAUGGCAGGAUAUUUUUCAGGUUCAUCUGAGCAACCCACCAGUUGCACCCAGUGCCGCAAUCGACCCUUACCAGAUCGGCUUCACAUCCGACCGUGAAGUAGUGGAGGGGUCAUACCUUUUUCACUACGGAAAGUACUACUACCUCUUCAUGUCGAAAGGUAAGUGCUGCGGCUACGACAAGAGUCGGCCAGCUCCAGGCAAGGAGUAUCGCAUCCUCGCUUGCCGCUCUUCGAAGGCCACCGAAGGUUUUGUCGAUAAAGAUGGCGUUGACUGCACCAAGGGAGGCGGCACUGUUGUGCUCGAAUCACAUGACAACGUGUAUGGACCUGGUGGUCAGGGGGUCUAUGACGACACGAAGCACGGACCAGUCCUGUACUAUCAUUACGACGGACAGAAGCAGUUUGGAUUGAUAUCUCAAGUGGGUGGCCCGUUGUGUGAGCUCAAGUGGACGGACGUUUCGAUCAAAGGUGAAUGA